AUUUAUUUGGUAGCGAAGGAAGCAGCGAGGUCAAGCGAGGAGAGAGCGGAGACUUCUAUGGACGAGGAGGUGGAGUUGGAUCGCGACUUGGACGCAGUAAAUAGGUUUGUGUAUUCGGAGAUGGAUCGAAGGUGAUGAGCUGCACGAGGGAAGGUUUGUUCUGGGACCUGGUUUACUGACAAAAAUCUCGGUCAAAAACUAGAGUUGAUGGUAUGGACUUGUUUUCAUAGAGAGAGGAGCUAAGAUGGUUCCCGAACGAAGAAGACCUCCGGAAGCAUCAUCAAAAUCUUCCUGCUCAAUGAUGAGUGAGUCUCCGAGAAAUCGGAAACCAGACCUGCCAUUCGCCCCAUUUGAUUCCACAAAUUUGUGGUGUGGUGAUAGACAUGGUCGAUCCUUCCUGGAAUUUUCUCCACCUUUGGUAACCCAGUCCAGUGGCUUGUUUGGUCCUGACCGAGAGACAAAAUCCAAAAAACAACAUGAACCUUCUCCAGUAGAUGAUCCAGUCAUGGAUUGGAACCCUAGAUUGAUGCUGAGCAACCUGUCAUUCCUUGAGCAAAAGAUCCACCAAGUUCAGGAUAUUGUCCGUUCCAUAAUUAGUCAUGAAGAUCAGUUCCUUGACCAAGCUAAUGAGUUAGCAGCACAGCAGCAGCUUGUUACAGCUGAUCUAACUUAUAUCAUAAUUCAAUUGAUCUCGACUGCUGGCACUCUUCUUCCUGACAUCAAGAAUGCUCUCCUGUCAACUAAUCCUGCUGUUGGUCGGCCAGGCAGUAAUCAGAAACAACAUGAGAUCUUGCCUGUGGAGGUAGCUAAAGCUUCUCAGUAUGAUUCGUUGGUUAAAGAUUUGAAUAGUUGUGGUGGUAACGAAGAUGAGUUAAUCAAAUGUUCAAAUAAUUCUGGGGUUGACGCAUCUGAGCCCAUUCCAAUUGAAGACCAUGACACAAAGGAUAAUGAUGAUGGUAUGGAUGGAGAGAACCUCCCACCUGGUUCUUAUGAAGUUCUGCAAUUGGAGGAGGAGGAGAUUUUGGCUCCACAUACUCACUUCUGUUUGAUCUGUGGAAAGGGAUUCAAGAGAGAUGCAAACCUAAGAAUGCACAUGAGAGGUCAUGGCGACGAGUAUAAGAGUCCAGCUGCCCUUGCUAAGCCUAGCAAGGAAGCAAGCAUAGAACCACAACCCCUCAGGAGAUAUUCUUGCCCCUUUGUGGGUUGCAAGCGGAAUAAGGAACACAAGAAGUUCCAACCUCUCAAAACAAUUCUGUGCGUGAAGAACCAUUACAAGAGAAGCCACUGCGAUAAGAGUUACACUUGCAGUAGGUGCAGAACCAAGAAAUUUUCAAUCAUUGCUGACCUGAAAACUCAUGAGAAGCACUGUGGGAGGGACAAGUGGAUUUGCUCAUGCGGGACAACUUUUUCGAGAAAGGAUAAGUUGUUUGGUCAUGUUGCUCUCUUCCAAGGCCAUGCACCGGCCAUUCCCAUGGAUGAUGCUAAGGUUUUAGUAACAUCAGAUAAAGCACAGGUCAGUGAAGCAUCAAGUGGAAUGCCAGGGAAUAUGGGCUAUAACUUCAGUGGGAACACCUCACUUGAUGCCCAAAGUCCUGAUAUAAAAGGAGUUGAUGAUGGCCAUGGUUGUUUCUCCCCCAUGACCUUGGACGCAUGUAACAUUUGGGGGCUCGCCGAAUUUCCUCACUCUGCAUAUGAAGUCUCUGAAAGCACAUUCUCUUUCCUUGCUACUGGCUCUUGCAGUUCCAUUCAAAGGAAUGGAGAAAAUUAAGUUCCAGCCUGCAGGGAUGAUGAACUGCUCGGAACAACAUUAUCCAGUUAUGUAAGUUGUGCUGUAUGAAUAGACUAGCUUAGUUUAUGUUCUGAUCAUAGUGAUCGAUGAAUAUGAUCACCUUCAUGUUUCCGUACGACUUUUACUUGAUGCUCCAUUAAUUUGCACUCUCAAGUUCAUUUUCA